AUGCUGGAGACAGCUCGAGAGCUCACGUUAGAGGCAGCCCAGUCCGCUACGAUAAACCGGACGUCCAGCACGGACUAUAAUUCGCGAACAUACAGCCCAGCGCACAUCAAGAAGCUCCUUGACAGUCGCCAUGAGCGGGAAGUGCUGGACGGAAUGCGGAGGGUCAUCUCGUUGAUGUACCGGUCUGAACCCGCCCUCACCUUCUUCUCCGCUGUCGUCAAGAAUGUGGCCAGUGCCAACCUCGAAAUCAAGAAACUCGUCUACAUCUAUUUGGUGCAUCAUGCGGAGGCGGAACCAGAUUUGGCAUUACUGUCCAUCAAUGCGAUCCAGAAAUCGCUGACAGAUUCGAACCCACAGGUCCGGACUAUGGCGCUUCGGACUAUGUCGGGAAUCAGGGUUCCGGUUAUCAGCCAGAUCGUGUCGUUGGCCAUCAAGAGAGGAUGCGGUGAUAUGAGUCCCCACGUGCGCAAGGCAGCUGCUUUGGCUAUUCCGAAGUGCUAUCGUCUGGACCCGAACACACUGCCGCAAUUGAUCGGGUAUCUGGAGACGCUUCUGGGCGAUUCCCAAUACUUUGUCGUCGGCCCCGCAGUCGCGGCAUUCUUAGAUCUGUGUCCGGAUGAGAUUAACCUCAUCCAUAAGCACUACCGCAGCUUGGUCAAAAAGCUGGUUGAUAUGGAUGAAUGGAGUCAGCUCGCAACGCUCCGCUUAUUGACAUCUUAUGCGCGAAAAUGUUUCCCCCACCGAACCCAGAAGGUCAAGCACACGGCCCCGGAGGCCUUCUACGAUGAUGAGCAACCACAGCAGGAGGCCCAGGACGAGGGGGAAGAAUAUGAGGCUUCCGUGAUUGAUCCCGAUCUCGAGCUUCUACUCCGAGCUUGCAAGGUUCUACUGCAGAGCCGGAACUCCGCCGUCAUUGUUAGCGUCGUCCGUUGCUUCCUUUACAUUGCCCCGCCAGAAUAUACUGCAUCAGCAGCUGGCCCACUCGUGGCUCUCUUGCGAAGCCCGCAAGACAUGCAACUAAUCGCUUUAUACAACAUCGUUGCCGUUGCUCUGAGAGCUCCCAAGCCAUUUGCUAAAUACACUGCCCACUUCCUUGUCCAUGCCAACGACCCGCCGCAUAUCUGGCGCCUUAAACUGGAGGUAUUGACCAUCCUGUUUCCUCAUUGUGGAAAGCACUGGAAGGGUGUUAUCAUCAGCGAGCUAGAACAUUUCUCUAAAGGCACAGAGCCAGAGCUAGUACGCGAGAGUGUGCGGGCCAUCGGACGCUGUGCCCAAGGAGACACAAGCACCUCAGGAAUGUGUCUGCGAAUUCUUCUCGGCCAGAUCUCUAGCUCGGACGGUAACCUCGUGUCAGAGUCGCUGACUGUUAUUCGUCACUUAAUUCAACAAGAUCCAGUCUCACACACCAAUACUGUCCUCCAGCUCGUGAAGCACCUGGGCACCACAACACACCCAGAUGCACGAGCCACCAUUAUCUGGCUUGUCGGGGAGUUCGCUGGCGUUCAUACAGAUAAGAACAUUGCGCCUGACGUUCUUCGCGUUUUGAUCAAAGGGUUCGCAGAUGAGAUGGAAAAUGUCAAACAGCAGAUUGUUCUUCUCGGGGCCAAGGUGUACCUUCAUCAUCUCCUACAGAACCCACCACUGGAACAGCCACAACCAACCGAGCCAUCGUCAUUGCCCGAGAAAGCAGACGAACCUCAACAAGAGUUCCACAACGAAUGGACUGACAAUGGGAACGACCAACCGCAUGAUGCGGCUCAAACCGAACAGGGAGCAGAAAGCAUACGGGAAAAUGACGUUGCUGAAACAAAAGACGAAGAUGCACCCGAAGACCGUAUCACCCUUCUAUGGAGGUAUAUUCUCCUUCUCGCACGCUACGACACAUCCUACGAUCUGCGUGAUCGGGCCCGUCUCUACAAGAGUCUUUUAGAAACUCCAUCUUCGACCCAACUUGCCAACCUCCUCCUCCUGGCACCAAAACCCGUCCCUCACGCCCCCAGCCCAUCCGAGACACGCAAGGACCUGCUCAUCGGAUCUGCUACUCUUGUCGUCGGCCCUGAUGCCGGUUAUCAUGGACUCCGAGGCUACGCGAAUCUCCCAGACUGGGUCGAGCUAGGCCAGGAACCCGAUCCAAGCCUCCGUAUCGAGGAUGUGAAGCCAGACACAGCCAGUAACCCGUCUGCCAUGACUGCAGGCGAUCGCCUCGACCAAGCGCUUCGUGAACAUCAAAUCACUUCCGUGCCAAUUCGGAACCGCAACAGCGCUGCCAUAGAUCCGACUGGGAAGAAGACUCUUGAUCAGUGGCUACAAGAGGAAGAUCAGGAGGAAAGCGAGACAGAGUAUGAAACUGAUUCUGAAGAAGAGGAAACUGACUCCGGGGAAGAAGAGACAGAGUCGGAAGAAGAGUCUGGUUCUGAGGAAGAGGAUGAUGACUCUGAAGAAGAAGAGACUGAUUCUGAGACUGAAGCUGUUCACAAAGAGGCACAGCAGCUGCUCAAGUGA